AGCGCGCCAACCGCCAGGCAUUCGCCACUACGCCAGCCGACGGUGUCAGGUCAGGCUCUCUGCUCCCGACGCUACUCUUAACAUUUUCGUGUCCACUGCACAAGCGCUAAGCAGCCGCCGCCGCCGCCGCCGCCACGGUUGUUAGACAGCUGCCAUUUGUUUGUCUACGCCCUCGAACGGGGACUCCGCCGCGACUGACGCAAUCCCGAUCCUCUGCCUCAUCCGCCAUGGCCGACGACGAGGUUGUCGCUAAAGUUGAAGAAUCUCAAUCAAUAAAUGAUAAUAUUGAUAACAUUGAAGAUAAUGAUUCACUACUUGUUGAUGAUUUAAGUAAAGACAAAGAUUAUGAACAAGUAGAUGAACCAGACGAUGAAACUACAAUGGAAGAAGAGGAAGCACUUCCAGAGUUGGAGGAUCCUUUAAGAGAAAUAAGAUUUUUAGAAGAAGCACUUUACUUGUUAGUUCAAUGUGGUCAUGAUGUGGCUGAAGCUCUCAGAAGAAUGUCAUUAAAUGUAGUACCUUUGGAGAAAUCAUUAAGUGUCUGGUCAGAAGAUGAAACUUUGAAAUUUGAGAUGGGAUUACUGAUAAGCGGAAAGAAUUUCCAUGCCAUACAAAAAGAG